CAUCAGAGAGUCCAAAAACAUCGGCCAGCUUACACAAAAACAAAAACAAAACACUCUCUUCUCUUCUCCUCUCUCUCGAUCUCUCCUCGCCUCUCCUAAAAUCUUCAGAUCUCCAAGUCGUAACCCAAAUCCUCGCCUGACAGAGAGACACUCUCACUCACCCACCAUGAUUCCUUACGCCACAGUCGAAGAAGCAUCCGUCGCACUCGGACGAAACCUCACUCGUCUCGAAACGCUCUGGUUCGAUUACUCCGCCACGAAAUCAGACUACUACCUCUACUGCCACAACAUAUUGUUCUUGUUCGUCGUCUUCUCCCUCGUCCCUCUCCCCCUCGUCUUCGUCGAAUUGGCUCGAUCCGCUUCCGGCUGGUUCAAUCGUUACAAGAUCCAGCCUAAGGUUAAUUACUCUUUCUCCGAUAUGUUCAAAUGUUACAAAGACGUCAUGACCAUGUUCAUCCUCGUCGUUGGUCCUUUACAACUCGCCUCUUACCCUUCGAUUCAGAUGAUUGAGGUACGAUCUGGGCUACCGUUACCAACGAUAUCAGAGAUGUUGGCACAGUUAGGAGUGUACUUCUUGAUUGAAGACUACACUAACUACUGGGUACAUAGGUUUUUUCAUAGUAAAUGGGGAUAUGAAAAGAUACAUCAUGUACAUCAUGAGUACACUGCUCCAAUUGGGUAUGCUGCACCUUAUGCACAUUGGGCUGAAGUGUUGCUUCUUGGUAUCCCUACGUUUUUGGGACCAGCUAUUGCUCCUGGUCACAUGAUUACUUUUUGGUUGUGGAUUGCUUUAAGGCAAAUUGAAGCUAUUGAGACUCACAGUGGAUAUGAUUUUCCAUGGAGUCCAACAAAGUACAUUCCUUUCUAUGGUGGUGCUGAGUACCACGAUUAUCAUCACUACGUUGGAGGACAAAGCCAAAGCAACUUUGCUUCAGUUUUCACUUAUUGUGAUUACAUAUAUGGAACUGACAAGGGUUACCGAUUCCAAAAGAAGCUUCUUGAGCAGAUCAAGGAGUCAUCCAAGAAGAGCAACAAGCAUAACAGAGGAAUCAAAUCCGAUUAGUAAAAAAACAUGGAAGAAGAUUUGAACGGGUAAAAGAAAAUGCCAAAAACCACCUACUUCAAGUUACGUAGAGUGUCAGCUUCACGAAAAGAAAAAAGGGGGGAGUAGUUUGAAAAUUUCGGGUGUGUCUUAUGUCAUCAGAGUUGUUACUAACUACCUAAGUUUUUUCCUAAGUACACAUGAAAAAUGCUCUGCUUCCGACAUGUGGGUCAUCGAUGUAUCAAGUGUGGUCGGGACUGGAUUUUGUUCUUUCUGCCUUUUUAUUAAUAUUGUUUCGUCGUCUUAAAGAAGAAAGAAGAUGUCAUCAAAGCUAGGCUAGUCUCAGGGCUAAAGCUAGCCAUGUUUCCUUGUUUUUUAGUUUUUUUACAUAUAUAUUCAUCUCUGUAAGAGAACCUUGUUCGUAUUUUUCUACCUUGUUUCA